AUGGAUUUGAUGGAAAUUUACGAAAUUGACCGGACUGCGGAUUUUAUUCACAGUAGAAACUUCUCUAGAGUUGCUUUACAGUUUCCAGAUGAGUUACUGAAGGAUUCUACAAAAGUGGUGAGAGCUUUGAGAGAGAAAAUUCGGUUACUGAAAGAACAAAAUGAGGAAGGAAAAGAGGUUGGUUUGUUUGUUAUGGCGGAUACGACCUAUGGAAGUUGUUGUGUUGAUGAAGUAGGAGCUUCGCAUGUUAAUGCUGAUUCUGUUAUUCAUUACGGACACACUUGUCUUAGCCCGACAUCGACAAUUCCAGCUUUCUUUGUUUUCGGAAAGGCUGUGAUUGAUGUAUCCAGCUGUACUGAAAGUUUAUUGGAUUAUGCCUCAAAUAACAGCAAGCCGAUUCUGGUGCUUUUUGGACUGGAAUAUGCACAUGCAAUUCCAAAUAUUAGAGAGGGACUCAUAGCAGCAUCAUCCACACUAUCUGGGUCUAAAACCGAGACAGUAUUUAAUUUUGCAGAUGUUAUGUGUCCAUUAAUAAAUCCUCGCGAUCGUCAUAAAGAUUCUGGUGGGCCGCUUAGGUCAGUUGGUGACUCUAAGGUUAGCGAUGAAGUUGGUAUGGCAGCUGGUUCUAGCCACACCAUUGGGGGCUUGAGCUGGGAUUUACCCAGUGGACAAAAAAUGGAGGACUGCUCGCUUUUAUGGAUUGGUUCUGACAAUUCAGCAUUUGCUAAUGUUGUACUCACAUUCAAUGGAUGCGAAAUAGGUGACCGCAUUCUGAUGGUGGCAUCUGAUAUGUGGAUACUAUUCAGAUAUGAUGUCAAUGGAAAUUGCCUGGUGACAGAUUUAUCUCAACAAAGAAGGAUUCUUAAGCGUAGAUAUUAUCUAGUGGAGAAGGCAAAAGAUUCUAACAUUGUUGGGAUUUUGGUGGGAACUCUCGGAGUAGCUGGUUACCUCGAUAUGAUCCAUCAGAUGAAAGACCUGAUCACUGGUACAGGGAAAAAGGUCUAUACUCUUGUCAUGGGAAGGCCAAAUCCUGCAAAACUUGCCAACUUCCCUGAAUGUGAUGUUUUUAUCUAUGUCGCCUGCGCCCAAACUGCUCUAUUGGAUAGCAAAGAGUUCUAUGCUCCAGUUAUUACUCCAUUCGAGGCCAUGCUAGCUUUCAACAGAGGAAGUGAAUGGACAGGAGCAUAUUUGAUGGAAUUCAGGGAUUUGAUUAAUUCAUCUCCAGUGGAAGUGAAGAGUUAUUCUGAAGAAGCACGUUUUUCUUUUGUGCAAGGCAGAUAUGUGGAAGAUUUUAAUUUGCAUGAGAAAAAAGAAGAAGAAAACGAAGGAGUUCUAGCUUUGGCAAAUGCAACAGAGAAGGCUCUACAAUUGCGGGACAGAACUAAUUCUCUCUUCAAGGGCACAGUACAAUCUGGGGCAGAUUAUUUUGCUACUCGAUCUUAUCAUGGUCUUGAUAUGCACAGUGAUAAUUCUAUGCCAGAGUCAUAUUUAAUAGGCAGAACUGGAAAGGCAUCAGGCUACCAACAUGAGAACGGCAAGUAA